AUGCAGAAUACCUUCAUCUUUGUAAAUAAUGCAAACGAAGAACAGCUUUUUUAUAACAAGGCAAACAGAGCGCGUUUUUACCCAGCAUUUUUUAUCCUUCCACCACCAGUCGGCCUAGCCUGUAGUGGUGAAAAAGCGAAAAAAAAGUUCGUGACCGUAUUCACACAGCUUUCACAUCUACAACAGCAUAUACGUACACAUACUGGCGAGAAACCGUAUAAAUGCAAAUAUACCGGUUGUGAAAAAGCUUUUUCACAACUCAGCAAUCUACAGUCGCACUCCAGAUGCCAUCAGACGGACAAGCCGUUCAAGUGUAAUAGGUUUGUGCUUCUGCGCACCGUUCGAUCAUCUUUCUUCGAACAACCGUUAUCUUCGGCGUGA